CGCUUCUCAACUCUUUGAUGCCAUUUAAACGAAAGCCUUUUGAGGACAAGGCGUGUAUUGCGGUUGGGGAAACGAGGAUGAAGUUCUUGGUGUUGUUGGCUUUGCUUGCUGCGGCUGCUGGGGAGCAUUCCCACGGCGGACACGGGCAUUUCCCUCACGGUGGGCAUACCCACUUCCUUCCUGUCAGGCAUGGAUUCAGACACACCACCUCUACCUUCCCGCACCGACCACGCCCCUUCAGACCUUCCGCCCAACCCGUGGCACCUGUGCAUCCUGUGGUGCCCCAGCCACCUGCCUCGGGCGUUGCGGUGGACGACAGGCUGGACGACAGCGAGUACCACUUCUCGUGGCGCCAUGACGGCAGCAAGACCUACACGUGGGAUGGCGCCAACCAGUACUGCCGCAGCCUCGGCUCCGGCUGGCAGGGAAUCAGCAUCGAGACUCGAGAGGAGGACAGUCUCGUCAGCAAAGCCAUUUCAGGAGAUCUGCUACCGUGGAUUUGGACCUCGGGUCACCUCAGCAGACACGGCUUGGACUGGGCUUGGGAUUCAGGUGCACAAUUCGUGGGUCUGAACUGGUCUCUCACACCGGCGGGUAAGUGGCUCUUGGCUUUUCCUUUGACUCACACAGCCACAGGCUACACUUUAAAGAAAACUUAUAACUGGUUUCCCUGUGACCGCCAGGAAUGGUCAAGCACAACCAGACAACCGCGAGCGAGGGGGCGAGAAGUGCUGGGGGUUCUCAACAACUUCUACAACGACGGCGUCAAGUGGCACGACAUCGCCUGCCACCACGACAAGGCCAUCAUCUGCGAGCGCAAAGCCCGAGUCCACGGAUGAGGAGCACGUGCGUCCUGCUUUCUUGUAGAGCGAACGACGUCUGUAUUUAUACGUAUUUAUAUAUGAUAAUAAAGACCAAAUUCCUUAAA